AUGGAGCACCGCCAUGGGUCCUCCGCUUCCAGACGACCUCUCCCAACAACUUCGGAGCAAAGCACUCCAGAGUCGUCUCCUCCACACUCCCCUUCUCAAGCCUGCAAAGGCGACGUGAUCUUUGCAGAGAUUCCUCCUUCUCCUCGCGAGUUCUUCGACUAUGGCACCACGAAACAAUUGAUUCCCGACAAGGCACCAGACGACGCCACUUCAUCCGCCAUCUAUAUCUCCUAUGCUGUUGCUGUCCUGGUGGGUGUUCCCUUCCUCAUCUACAACAGCAUCCCAGAGGAAACACUGCUGGGGAACCUUAUUGUUAUAGGAAGUUUCUGGGAUGCUGUGCUGCGGAUGUCCAGUGCAGCAAUCGCCCUCAUCUGUUUGUUGACUGGGGUCUACUUUGCUCCCUUGAUCUUGGCACACGGCAAAUGUCCCGAGAGUAGUGAUGAUGACUCAUGGACACUUCGUCUGUCGCGAUGGACUGGUGCUUCUCCCGAGAAGUCGGCUCCCUGGGCGCGUAGAAUUCGGUCAUUCCUGUUGUCUCCUCAUGGCAUGAGUUUUGUCUUGACUCUGGCGCUGGGUAUUCCUCAGAACACCAUCAGUUCCUAUGUCAUCAUCUAUCCUGGAUGGGCAUGGCACCCCUUUGCUUGGUUCUCCUACAGACCGUACCACACGACUGACUUGGCGUCUGCCGUGGAGGGUCUCUGUCUGGAACAAGAUGUUCAUGACAUUCGUCUCCCCCGUAAAAGCUGGGCUCCUUCGCUUGGGUUUGGAACCGUUAGCAGCGAUGACCGUCAACACCUUCCUCUGUGUUUGACUGAAUCCCAAUGGGAUCUCCUCAGUGCUGGUGCCAUCUCCAGCACCAACAGGCAAGAUGUUCGCUCUGUUCUCAAGGGCAUUCGGUAUGCACAAGGCCCCAAGGCUGGCCUUGCAGUGGCUGUCUUGGCUCGAGAUGUCAUGGAACGCAUCCAGAAUCUCAGGGAAAACAUGGAUGCACUGCAACCGUUCUUUUCCAAUUUGUCACUCGUGAUCUUUGAGAAUGACAGCUCGGAUGGUUCUCGAGAAUUCUUCAAGCAGUGGGCUGCCGAGGAAGAUCUGGGGUACCAAGUCGACCUCAUGGAAUGUGCCGAAGCUGAGGACUGCAAGUUGGGAAAGAAACAUCGAGACCAUUCCAGUCACGAUUUCGCACACUCAUCAGCUGUUGGGGACAUGGAUGUCUACCGACAACGAGUGGCGGACUACAUUACUGAUCCUAGCAAUGAAUUGUACGAAGACUACAGUCAUAUGAUUGUACUGGAUAUCGACAUUGCUGUCUCCCUCAGUCCCUUUGGAAUCCUUCACAGUUUAGGAGAACGCCCCGAGAAUGCGGUUGCCUCUUCUGGACGCCAGUUAUUUGCUGGUUCGUGGGGAUUUGAAGCCGUGCCGUACGACUUCUCUGCUUUCCGUCCCUGGGCAACCCCAGAGAAUCACCGCCUGCUGAGUCUGCACGAAAGUUAUUGUGCACUAAUGCCUGCGGGCGACCGAUGGAGGAAUGUCUGUGAUGCUAUGGACCCCUUGAUCCAAACUGAAAUGAGGCGUCUUGACCGAGCACCAGCCAGCAAUGGAGACUUCUACAGAGUGGAGUCAGCUUUUAACGGAGCAGCUCUCUACCCCUUGGAUCUUAUCCGUGUGUCCGGAGCCACAUACGAUUCUGGUGAAGAUGGGCAAAGAUGUGAACAUGUUGGUUUCAACUUGUAUUUGAAGAAGCCCAUGUAUACCAACCGAAAGUGGGACAUGCACAUUGACCCCCGCAACCCGGGUGGCCCCAGCGGAUGGAGAGCCUUGAACUCUGUCCACCACAUUUCCAGAAAUGUGUUUCUGGUGUCAGUGUUGGUAGUGACUAUCACUAUUUCCUAUUUUCUCUUUGUGCAUUCCAUUGUUCUGUUGGGUAUCUUCAUGGUUUACCCAAUCUUCGCCCCGCUGUCAGUACAAGGCAAGAGCAUCCACAGAAUGAUUUCCUCACACCAACGCAAGCGAAGAAGAAUAUUUGGCGGAACAGAGGCCCAAGAAGAGACCCUUUUCAAGGCUGUGUGA